ACUCACAAAAACCCUGCGAAUACGAACUGCUUGUAUCGAAACCCAUUCUCCUGUCUCCUCGAGAGCAGAACCGGAACUAUUACCGGCUGAAGAAUUUAACUGAGCAGGCAAAACAAGAGGGUCGGGAACCAAGAGAGAAACCUCAAAAUACCCAAAACCCACAACAAAACAAGCAAAAUGCAUUCCUUUGGGUACAGAGCCAACGCUUUGCUAACCUUCGCGGUGACCAUCCUCGCCCUCAUGUGCGCCAUGGCCUCCAUCUCCGACAAUUUCAACCACCCCUCGCCCUCUGCCCAUGUCGAGGUGUUGAACAUUAACUGGUUUCAGAAGCAAUCAAAGGGUAACGACGAGGUCAGCAUGCAAUUGAAUAUAUCAGCGGACUUACAGUCAUUGUUCACAUGGAAUACAAAGCAGGUUUUCGUAUUUGUAGCUGCCGAGUAUGGAACUCCAAAGAAUUCCUUAAAUCAGAUCUCCCUUUGGGAUGGCAUCAUUCCUUCUAGAGAGCAUGCAAAGUUUUGGAUUCAUACCUCAAACAAGUACCAUUUCAUUGAUCAGGGAAGCAAUCUCCGAGGUAAAGAGUUUAACCUGACAUUGCAUUGGCAUGUCAUGCCCAAGACUGGCAAAAUGUUUGCUGAUAAACUAGUCAUGACCGGAUACCGCUUGCCAGAAGAAUACAGAUGAGAAUGUCUUGUGCAUGUAGUUAUAUGAGAUUGUCUUGUGUAUGUAGUUGUUAUAACUUCUGCCCUUUUUUUAUAUGGACCUUUAAUGUUCAGCUGAAUUAGUAGGCCAAAGCAGGCAAAGUUACAUGUUUUUUAGACCCACAAAAAUAUUAUUGG